AUGGCACCCACAGUUAGCGGCCUCCUACAGGUCGUCAAUCACGACUACACGAUAUGGAUUUCUGGAACGAUCCUCAUCAUCUUUGGCCUCUACUGGUGGUCGACGUUGACCGACAUCCCGAAGAUCAAAGGCAUCCCCGAGAUCCCCGGAGCGUUGCCAGUAUUCGGACAUCUGCUCCAGUUAGGACCUGAUCACGCUACAGUAUGUGAAGGGUGGUGGCGGAAGUACCGUCAAUCAGUAUUCCAGAUCCGGCUGGGAAACACGCGGGCGGUGGUGGUCAACUCAUUCGAAGACGCAAAGCAAAUGCUCAUCGGGCACCAGACGGCCGUCAUUGACCGGCCGACGCUGUACACGUUCCACGGGGUCAUCUCGUCGACGCAAGGGUUCACCAUCGGGUCCAGCCCGUGGGAUAACUCGUGCAAGAACAAGCGCAAGGCGGCAGGCCAAGCGCUCGGACGGCCGGCCAUGCGAGGCUACUUUGACAUGUUCGACCUGGAAUCGUACUGCAUCGUGCGUGACCUCUUCCGCGACAGCCACAACGGAGCAACGGAGAUCGGGGUGCGGCCGUACAUCCAGCGGUACGCGCUCAACACGACGCUGACGCUCUGCUACGGCAUCCGUAUGGACAACGUGUACGACGACAUGCUCCGCGAGAUCCUGCACGUCGGGUCGGCGAUCUCGCUGCUGCGUUCGGCGUCGGAGAACUUCCAGGAUUACGUGCCGGUGCUGCGGUACUUCCCUAACAAUGAGAAGAACCGGCGAAGCAAGGAACUCCGCGACCGGCGCGACGCCUACCUCAACUUCCUGCUUGACAAAGUACGCGACAUGAUCGCCAAGGGCACCGACAAGCCGUGCAUCAGCGCCGCGAUCCUCAAGGACGAGGAGACCAAGCUGACGGGUGUCGAGGUCUCGAGCAUCUGCCUCUCGCUGGUGUCGGGCGGCUUCGAGACCAUCCCGGGCACGCUAACAUCUUGUAUUGGGAGUCUCUCGACAAAGGAGGGCCAAGUUUUCCAGGACCGAGCCUACGCCGACAUCCUGCGCCACUAUCCCUCGGGCCCCAAGGCAGUGUGGGAGCACAGCUUCCAAGAGGAAAAGGUACCAUACGUCAACGCCAUCAUCAAGGAGGCCGCGCGCUACUACACGGUCAGCGCCAUGAGCCUGCCGCGGAAGACCGUCACCGAGGUCGACUGGAACGGGGCCAAGAUCCCGGCGAAGACCAUGAUCCUGAUCAACGCCCAGGCCGCCAACCACGACGUCGACCACUUUGGGCCCGACGGCGCCGUCUUCAACCCUGAGAGAUGGCUGAACGACGACUUUGUCAUGAACCCGGCCGUCGGUGCGCCGGAGGAGAAACCCGCGCAGGGCAUCCAGCACUUCAGCUUCGGCGCCGGAUCGAGAGCCUGCAGCGGCCAGUUCAUCGCGAGCAGGCUGCUCUACACCGCCCUGAUCCGCCUAUUGACAUGCUACAAGAUCGUCGCCAGUGACGAAGAGCCCCCGAACACCGACUACGUCGACUACAACCAGUUCAAGAGCGCCCUGGUCGCCAUCCCCAGGGACUUUAAGGUCAAGUUGGUCCCGAGACACGAUGAGUCCGUCAUCAAGGAGCUCAUGGCUGAUACCGCUGAGAGGACCAAGGAUUAUUAUGCUGAGGAGUGA